AUGACAGAUGUGCUGGAGGCUACUAAGCCAUGCCUUCGUCGGAUCCUCGAGCAGGUCGUACAAUCUGUCGCCUCAAACAAAGCCCAGACAGCAUGGGGAGUCGUUACGGCUGCACUACUGUACCUAAACCUGAAGAGGUUCCCAUUAGUUUGGCAUCUUCGCGUUUUUAGCCACAUCUGGUGGCCGAAGAAUGGCCUCUUCGAGCACCAACCCGGAGCCAUUUUCCAGCCGGUGGUCACACCUUCUCGCGUUGCUCUGCUUGAGACCGAUUACAACUUGCACAAGUCCAAUAGCACCUAUUUCUCCGACCUGGAUGUGGCUAGGACGGACCUUCUCGCCGCUCUGAGAGCUCAGGCAAUUGACGGUGGACUGUACAAGGAGUACAAGCAAGGCGUCCAAGUUCUGCUGGCAGGCACCUCCUGCACCUUUAAGAAGGAAAUCAAGCCAGGUGCAACUUUCGAUAUGCAAAGCCGAAUACUCACCUGGGAUAAGAAGUGGCUUUACGUUGUAACCCAUUUUGUAGAAAAGAGGAAGGGGGCCGAUUCACCCACUUACCAGCCGUGGAAGGAGGCAGGUAACAGAAGAGCUAUCCAGGGUUCACCUAUUGUCUAUGCGACGGCAAUCUCGAAGUGCGUUGUCAAAGCCGGUCGUCUCACUGUGCCUCCACAGAAAUUAUUCAGGGCGGCAGGAGUUCUUCCGCCUGAGGAUCAACCUGAAGGCCCUAUUGCAGACACCACACCAGAAGCAGAUGAGGUCGGAGGGUGGACUUGGGGCAAGGUUGAGGAAGAGCGUCUGGAAGCAUUACAAAUUGCUGAUAGAUUCGCAGGAGGGCUGGAUGCGGCUCAUGAGAAAGCCCAUCUAUUGGUUUGA